AUGGGAACUGCUCUUGACACAGACAACAUGGACUUGGAUGAGAUUAGAGCAACGACAUUCAAGCUCAAGAACGAAAUGGGGUUGAUGGCUAAGAACUUCAGCAGAGCUCUUGAAAAGAGUAGAAAGAGGAAACAAGAACCAUUCUCAAAGCAAUCAAGUGGGGAGAGAGACAACGACAGAACCGGAAAAAGAGUGAUCAACAAUGUCAUGAAUGUCAAGGUUACGGUCAUUUCAAAUCUGAGUGUCCCACUGCCAAGAGAAAGGAGAUCAAAUGCUUUGAAUGCAAAGGUUUUGGUCACACUAAAGCUGAGUGCAGCGGUUCUGAUAGGAAAUGAAUGA